AUGCGUCGUUCAGCAUUCUUCUUCUUCCCUUGGUUGUUGGUUUGCGUGCGGUGCUGGAGUCCCUACGGAAGCUCAAGGCUGCUAGGACGCGAUGAUGCUCCGUUCUCAUCCGAUUUUCUGAGGGAAGCCUUCCCUUCAGCGAUCGUUAUAGGUGACUAUGUGUACAUAGACGGCGGCGAGGUAUCCCAAUUGUAUGACGGCAAAGUUGGCGCGCCUACCGAUCACCCGUCGUGGGCAGUCAACUCUACACUCUCUAUCAGUCUCAAGCGUUCAUGGACCAACUCCAGCGUCACGAUGACAUCCACUCCCCAAAAUGGGCCCAAGCUCAGUAAGCAAGCCAUAUGGCGCGACCCAUCCUCGAACGGAUUUUACGUCUGGGGCGGUACGAUGGCCUACUUCGACAAAUCUCCGGCAAAAGAGAUGUGGCACUUUAAAGUGGACGGCAACGGGGGCGGGACCUGGUCGAAGGCCCCUCCCGCGAAUACCACCGUUUUCAAACAGCUUGUGCGCUCCACAGAGACCUCUUAUACCCAGAGCAAGGAAGUGGGAUACUACUUUGGCGGGUUCGCGGGCUCCCGAACUGAUACCUUUAUCACUGAUGAGGGAGAGGGAAUCGCCAUUCCCGGGCUAAUAUCAUUCAACAUGACUUCUGGAGAAGAGAUGGACUUUGACAAGGUCACCUUGUAUGAUCCCAGCACCGACAAAUGGUACACUCAACAAACCACAGGCUCCAGACCGUCAACACGAGGGAAAUUCUGUGCCGUGGGUGCUUCCGGUACCAAUCACACGUACGAGAUCUUCUUCUACGGCGGCCGUAGCAUCAACAGGGACAGCAUCUCUGGCGAGGUAUACGUCCUUAGCUUACCUGGCCGGCGGAGGCCGCCAGAUGCUUUCCUUGGCGGAACAGACGGGUCCCUAGGCUUCCCCAAGUCGCUGACCAACCCAGACCCCUGGAAGCUUGGGCUGGCCAUCUUUGACAUGACGGAGAUGCGUUGGUCCGACCGGUACGAUUCCCAGGCGCAAUUGUACGAGUCGCCGAAUGUGGUUAAGCAGUGGUACGCCCAAGGUGAACUAGACUCAGUCGUGUGGGCGAGUGAGGAGGUGAGGGCCUUAUUCUCUAAGCCGGCGCCCGACGACUCGACCUCGGAUCCCUCACCUACAGGAGAACCCAACACGAGCAGCGCAACUUCGACUGCGGAAGUUUCUCAGUCAUCUCAGCCGCCCAUUGGUACCAUCGUAGGCGCCGCCGUCGGCGGUGCUGCAGGCCUCGCCCUCGUAGUCUGUCUCGCAGUGCUCUUCCUGAAAAGGAAGAAACGAUACCAGGCGGCACCGCAGCAAGAGGGCGGCAGCGGGCACUUUGAAGUCAAGGGGCCGGCCGGGACCAAUGUGCCCCACGAGGUACAUACCGACCACUUCAACCCCGUCGAGUUACCUGCAGAACACGGCGCUGCGGAACUUAGCUCCGCGCAUGGAAUGCAUGAACUCGAGCAGCCAACGGCGAGGCCUUCUUUUUCAGGGCAGGACAGAGAAACACCGGCGAACAGAGAGCUGAGAUCGUCUUUUGAGGUUGAUAUCUCUCGGCCACGGACAUGA